UUGGCAAAAAGAUUUUAACUGAGUCUUUAAUGGAUUAAUGUUCUACUAUAUUUGACAAAAAUAGUUGAUUUUAGCUUUUCAUGAGAAGGUAGCAGGUUGAGCUAUUUUCGCAAUUAAUUGAAUAAAGAUAAAUGUAUUUGGCUAAAUUUUUGUUCACCGAAGGUGUUUUGAGAGGUUCGAACUUGCUUAUUUUGUAAUACGAUGGAGACAUACGAUUCACUGGAUCCGUACCCGAUAAAUCCCGGAUUUAGGGGUGCGAUGGAGACGUGUCCAGUUAUUUCUGGGCUAAUUUACUGGAUGAUAUACAACUAACAGUGGCUUACAUACAACCCACCAUGAAUACUCAGAUAAGGCAAUCUUAUGAAGGGUUACUUCAUAAAUAUACAAAUGCAAUGAAAGGAUGGCAGUAUCGAUGGUUCAUUCUAAGUCCAGAGAGCGGAGAACUUCACUAUUUUCUUAGCGAGUCUGAGAAAAACCAAAGACCUCGGUGUUCAAUAUAUUUGGCUGGAGCUGUUAUUGCACCAAGUGAUGAAGACUCCAAUACAUUCACAGUGAACUCUGCCACAGGAGACAUGAUUAAGUUAAGAGCUAUCGAUGCAAGAGCUCGACAAGAAUGGGUCGAUAAGCUAAGAGCAGUUACGGAAAUGUAUACAAGAGCUAUAGCUAGCAGUCAUCCACCUCUGCCUCCACGAGAGCAUUCAGUAAACUCUACCAGAAAUCCUGUAGCUAAAUUAGAAGUUCUCGAUGCAUUUGCCAAUUGUCGAGAGCAACUUAACAAAGUUGAAAAACUUAAUUUGUUAUUGGCACGUUCUAUUGAAAAUUCCAGUUUAUAUUUGGAUCCUGAAUUAUUAGUUUUAAAAGCGACAGCUCACGCUACACUACAUACAUUAAAUCAGUGCUUAAAUAUUCUAUAUCAAUAGUGUUCUAAAAUAUUACCUAUUCCUAUUAUUACAUUAAGUAGUAUACUAUCUGAGAUUGUUAAUAUCUAAUCAAAUUCAAAAUGUAAAUAGCAAAAAAUGCAUCGUCAUUAACAAAAGAAUAGAUGUGCAUCUUGAGAAACUACAUUUUUUUUACUAUCAUUAUUAUGUAAUAUUAUUAUUAUUAAUAUUAGAUGUAUUUUAUUGUAUAUAUUAAUACAUAUCAUUAGUACAUUAUGCUAACUGUAACUAAAAUAGCGUUAGUGCAUAGUUAUUCGAACGUUCUUCUAUAAGUAUUAGUGUCAAUUUGUUGCAUAAAGAUUAUUAUAUGAAUGUACUAGAACUGAAAUUCAUGAAUUGUGUAAAUAUAACAUUUCGUUACAUGA